GAGUCACAGGCCGCAUUGGCUGUUCGCUGUGAGCGCGCCCGCGUUACACACACACUCGCUUCAUUUGACAAAUACAAGCUGAGCGCAACAGUAGCCUCCGUGACUGGAGAUCUGAGAGAGCGGCCGCCGCGUAUGACAGCAUCGCAUCGUCCAUUUAAGGCGAUAAACAUAUGUUCGACCGGUUUAUUUCUCUAGUAGGCUAUCUGUCAAGAGCUCAUAAUGUGUGGAAAGCUGACGGCUCAGUCACAAGCCUGGAAUGAAGACGCGUCAGACGCAUCUACUCACUGACUGGGCAUCGCGUUUCGAAGACGAACCUGAGCUUCGGCCGUUUGGACAGACCCGACAACGACCGAAUAUAUUCGAGACAGCCGCUUCGGUAGCUCUUCAUACCUGUGGGACACUGUUUUGCUGCUAAUUCCGUUUAUAGACACACAUUUUCAUGACGCUGUACUGACAGACUCGUUUCUCAGUGUGUCAGUCUAGUGCGCUUGAUGCUUUGCAUGCAAAACCUGAGUGAACUUACCAGGUAAACACAGUUUUACCUCAUUCUUGUAUCGAUUGUUGUUUACUUUUGCAUUAUGUAGCUGUAAUAGCAUCCUCGCACAUUUGUUACAGGUUUUUGUGAGCGAAAACUAAGGUAAUCUAAAUGUUGUCUUGAACUAAUAAUGGUAGAUGAGGCUUAUGGAUGGCGUUCCACAUCCGUGCGCUGUCAUCCCCACACCGGGUAAAGUGAACGGCACACCGGGAAGAAAGGCUUCAAAACCUGCUCACGUCAAACUGCACUAAAACUUAAAGGAUAAACGAUGUCUAAAACGCUCAAGAGGAAGAAACACUGGUCCACUAAAGUGCAGGAGUGCGCCGUGUCGUGGGGAAGCGUUGGGGAGUUCGGUGAUGUUGUGGAGAUCCUCGGAGGCGCCGAGCACGGGGAGUUCCCGUUUCUCGGUCAGAUGAACUUAGACGUGCUGGUGUGUCACGUUGGGAGACUACCGUACUACGGGGAUGUGUUAUUGGAAGUGAACGGGACACCUGUCAGCGGGCUGACGAACCGAGACACGCACGCCGUGAUCCGCCACUUUCGGGAGCCGAUUCGAAUUAAGACCGUCAAACCAGGUAAAGUGCUGAACGCUGAUUUGAGGCAUUAUCUUAGCCUGCAGUUCCAAAAAGGAUCACUCGACCACAAACUACAGCAAGUGAUUCGAGACAACCUGUAUCUGCGCACCAUACCAUGUACCACCCGGCUGCCCAGAGACGGGGAGGUUCCAGGAGUGGACUAUAAUUUCAUCAGCGUGGGGGAUUUUCGCAUCCUGGAAGAGAGUGGAUUACUGCUGGAGAGUGGAACAUAUGAUGGUAACUUCUAUGGCACUCCCAAACCUCCUGCGGAGCCCAACUUGGUUCAGCCUGACCUGGUCGACCAAGUUUUGUUUGAGGAGGAUUAUGGCACCGAAGUCCAACGAAAGCGAACAACCUCCGUCAGCAAGAUGGACCGCAAGGACAGUGUGGUCCCUGAGGAGGAAGAGGAUGAAGAGCGGCCACAGCUCCCAAAUGGCAUCCCAGAGAGGACAGAGGAGUGGAGGAAAGCGGUGCCCAGCUACACUCAGUCUAGUGGCGGAGGCAGCGCAGGUGGCAGCGGGACACUGGAAGUCCGCACCUGGAGCUCUUUAGCCAGAGACGACAGCCUGGAGCCCCUGCCUUACAACUGGGAAAUGGCCUACACGGAGACGGGCAUGGUCUACUUCAUAGACCACAACACAAAGUCGACUACGUGGUUGGACCCGCGUCUGGUCAAAAAAGCCAAGCCCCCUGAAAAGUGUGAGGAUGGAGAACUUCCAUAUGGCUGGGAGGAGAUUGAUGACCCGCAGUACGGCACAUACUACGUCGAUCACAUAAACCAGAGAACCCAGUUCGAAAACCCGGUUCUAGAGGCCAAGAGGAAGCUUGGUUUGGACACUGCAGUCGCAACUCAGACCCAACAGAGGGCAGCACCUCCUCCAGGUGGAGCGGCUGGUACGCCCGGGUUUACGCGGGACCCAACCCAGCUGAAGGGGGAGCUGUAUCACACGGCACUCAGGAAGAGCCAACAGGGCUUUGGUUUCACCAUCAUUGGUGGAGACCGACCUGAUGAGUUCCUGCAGGUGAAGAAUGUCCUCGCUGAUGGUCCGGCCGCACAGGACAAUAAAAUGGCUUCUGGUGAUGUUAUUGUGGAAAUCAAUGGCACACUUGUCUUAGGCAAGACCCAUGCCGACGUGGUUCACAUGUUCCAGUGCAUCCCAAUUAACCAGUUCGUGGACAUGGUCCUCUGCCGCGGAUAUUCGCUUCCCCCUGACGUGGAUGCAGACAGCGAGGACCUUCCCCCUCCACCUCCACCUCCGACAGGAGAGAUCGUAACGGCCGUACCCCUCAUCAACGGCCAGCCGCUGCUAGUCAAAGGUGAUGCCCUUCACGGCUCCUCCCAAGAGCUUCACUACGUAACCACAGACGCCAGUGGGCGGCCGGUGGUCGCUGCUCUUCCAGGAGGCAGCAGCAGUGCCAACGACAGGCCCGAGACAGGGAUGCUGCAGCCGGAGCUGGUGAGCGUGCCAAUCGUGAAGGGACCUGGAGGAUUUGGCUUCGCCAUUGCAGACUGUCCGCUGGGGCAGAAGGUGAAAAUGAUCCUGGAUGAGCAGUGGUGCCGAGGCCUGUUGAAAGGAGAUGUGAUAAAGGAGAUUAACAGGCAGAAUGUGCAAACGCUGAGCCAUGCGCAGGUGGUGGAUAUACUGAAGGACCUCCCUGUGGGCAGCGAGGUGAAUCUGUUGGUGUUGAGAGGAGGUCAGACAUCGCCUGUGAAGAGUUUAAGACCUAGACCGGGGUUGAGUGCCAGCACUGAGACUCUGGACCGUUGCCAUGACAUCAUGGUUCCCCAGGCUUUGACCUAUCACUCAAACACACUGCCGUGUAGCUCUCCAAAACAAGACGCUUCCCUCCACUACAGCAAACCCAAAGCCUUGCCAGAGAGCAUAGUGCCUCUCUAUAAAGAGUUGGACGUGUUCAUCAAGAGAGAUCAGGAGACAGGCUUUGGCUUUCGUGUGCUUGGAGGAGAAGGUGCAGAACAGCCAGUCUACAUUGGUGCCAUCAUUCCCCAGGGGGCCGCAGAGAAGGAAGGCCGUCUGAGGGCAGGAGAUGAGCUCGUUGGCAUCGAUGGCAUCACUGUAAAGGGGAAAUCUCACAAACAAGUUCUGGAUCUGAUGACUAACGCAGCACGCAACGGACAAGUGCUGCUUUCAGUGCGCAGGAAGGUCAUUUACAGAGACGCCCUGGAGGAUGUUGGGAGCGGAGCGCUGACCCUUGUGAAUGGCUCACCUCGACUUCCACGUAUCCAGGUGCCAAGCCUCAAGGACCAGGGAUCGUUUGAUAUCACGCUCCAUCGUAAAGAUAACGAGGGCUUUGGCUUUGUCAUUCUCACGUCGAAGAGCAAACCGCCACCUGGAGUGUGUGUUGCAGUGAUUCCUCAUAAGAUCGGACGAAUAAUCGAGGGCAGUCCAACUGACCGUUGCGGGUUGCUGAAUGUGGGUGACCGCAUAUCCGCUGUGAACAGUCAGUCCAUUGUGGAGCUCUCCCACAACGACAUUGUUCAGCUUAUCAAAGACGCGGGGAACUCUGUCACACUCACCGUGGUUCCUGAGGACGAGUACAAAGGCCCGCCCUCAGGAGCCAGCUCAGCCAAACAAAGUCCAGCACCGCAGCACAAGAUUCUCAGAUCCACUCAGGAUGAAAGAUAUAAUUUGGAUAUGGAUGAGAUCAGGGAUGAACUUGCACGGAAGGAGUAUAAAGCUCUUCCCAUGAGCGAACAGGGAACGCUGUGCGUCGCCAACUCCAAACAGGGCUGUAUUGCAGUAGAGUUGGAGCGCGGACCUCGUGGUUUUGGCUUCAGUCUGAGGGGAGGAACGGAGUAUAACAUGGGCCUCUACAUCCUGCGGCUGGCUGAGGACGGCCCCGCUCUACAGGACGGCCGGAUACAUGUAGGAGAUCAGGUAGUGGAGAUCAAUGGAGAACAGACGCAAGGCAUUAGUCACACCAGAGCCAUUGAGCUGAUCCAAGCUGGAGGAAACAAAGUGCUACUGUUACUACGACCGCAAGCCCUCUUAUCAGAGAACAGUUCUGCGGGAGAUGUUAUCCUUCCUGAUCCAUCGGGAUCCAACACUUCCAACAUUCCUCUCAGUUCUCCUCUCCUUCAUCCGUCAUCCACCUCAGCAAAGAAGGAAACAUCAGAGCUGACAAGCUCCUUUGCCCGUUCUCGUGGCUCCUUGGAUCUGGCCUGCGAGGAUCCUCGCUCUAAAGACAGCAAGAGGGAGAAGCGUGCCAAACCGCCAAACACCAGCUCUUCCAGAGACCCACAGCGACGGCGCAUCAAGAGUCGGUCCGCAGAGAAUCUCCUUGAUCUCGGAGAUACAGAGAAAUCCAAAAGCCCAUCCAAAGCCAAAGACAAAGCUCGCAGCCACAAAGAAAAUCUGCAACAAAGUACUCGAAACUCCCAAAAGAACAGAAAGUCCUGCCAACACAGUCGCUCAGUCAGUCCCCGGAAGUCAAAGCGUGAAGGACAAGAACCGGUAAUUGGCGAAGCGCAGGGACGGAAAGAGGAACGCUGCGUGAAGGGGAUGCCGAGCACGGACCAGAAGACAAUUGACGCUGAAAAGAGGAAAAAACAGGAGUCUAGAGGAAGGAAGCGAAAUGAGACCCAAGAAGGGGAGAAGAGGCGGAGAGCUGAGAGAAAAGUGAGAAGCAAAGGAGAGGAUGAAGCACUUGAGCCAAAAGGGGGAACUGAGCUCAAAAGCACCCAAAAGAAGAAAAAACAGAGAGAUAGAGACAUGCGAAAUGAAGACACCCACAUAUCGAGCAGAGAGGGAGACAAGAAAAGCAAACAAACAAAGGAUAAGGGGGAUCAACAGGAAGAAAACAGGAAGGAAGUGAUUACAGAUAAGAAUGAAAGAAAAGGAAAUGAGAGUCGAGACAGGAAAGAGGACAUUGUCACCACAGAUGCAGCUCCAGCCAACACCAGGGCGAGUCUAGUCUUUGACCAUCCUGGACCCUUGAGCGACGGCCUUUGGAAGAUUCCUAGUUUUGCACGCAUCCUCACGCAAGAGGAAGCGAUGAGAGAUGUUUGUGAAUAGUUUGGCGAGCCUUGGGAAUAAAAGGUUUAAGACCAGAAAUAUGCGCAAGUAUGUGCAUGCAAACGCCUCCAGCUAAGAUUUCACAGUUUAUCAUGGAUUGCAAGUUGCAUUCUCAGCAUUUCAGCAAUGUCGCGGGAAUAAGCGCAAGUUAUCUUUGCUGAGCAAGUUAGUCAAACUGUCGACAUGUUUAUAGCAGGCUAUCUAAAUAACAUCACAUCUGGUUUAUUGGCACAGACAUUUGAAGAAAACUAUUGCUUUUUUGAGUACAAGACUAAACAUAUUCAAGGGGCACUCAGAAUACUCAAGGGAAUGUUUGAGAUUUCUUUAUAUGGCUAUGUACAGCAGGUCAGCGUUUCAAGCAUUUGCUCUUGUGUAGAAUGUUACAGGAAUAGUUCAACCAAAAAUAAAAAUUCUGUCAGUAAUUACUCACCUUUAUAUUUUACCAAACCUGUAAGACCAUCGUUCAUUUUCAGAACUUACACAAAGGCUGAGAAGGCUCUCGGAUUUCAUCAAAAUAUCAUAGUUUUGUGUUCCAAAGAUGAAUGAAGGUCUUACGGGUUUGAAACUACAUGAGGAUGAGUAAUAAAUGACAGAAUUUUCAUUUUGGGGAGAACUAUCUCAUUACCCUAGCCUAAGUUCUAUUAACAUGUUCUUUAUACUUUAAAAAAAUGGAAGUUGAGAAAACUUAAAACUUGAGGCAACCAGCCACAGAACUUAUAAUACUCAAUUUAUGGGAAAAAUUGUUGAAUUAACUUAAAGUUGAAACAUAUUAAGUUCUACUGCAUAAACCCAAAAAUAGAAGUGUCAAAAGUAGAUAGGGUGAAUUUUCACUUUACGCCCUUUUUUAAACCAGGUUGUUUAUUACUCAGAUAGGUAAUAAUCUGUUUGGUUGCCAGAUUUCUUCAAAAUAUCUUAUUUUAUAGCCUAAACUGUUUUGGGUCCCAUUGACUUUCAUAGUAUGGGCAGCCAAUACUAUAGAAGUCAAUGGGAUCCGAAACCAUUUGAUUACCAAAUUUCUUCAAAAUAUUUUUUUACAGUCCAACAAAAUGGAUAAGUUGUUCACAAUAAGCUCAAUAACAUGCAUUUAGAAAGUAGAUAGGGUGAUAUUUCAUAUCAUGCCAACUUUAAACCAAGUUUAUUACUCAGUUGAUAAAUUGUUUGGUUGCCAGAUUUCUUCGAAUAUCUUCUUUUAUAGCCUAAAUGGUUUUGGCUCCCAUUGACUUCCAUAGUAUAGACAACAAAUACUAUAGAAGUUGAUGGUAUCCAAAAUCAUUUGGUUACCAAAUUUCUUAAUUUUUUUUUUUUUUUUAGUCCAACAAAAUGGAUAAAUUGUUAACAAUAAGCUCAAUAACAUGCAUUUAGAAAGCAGAUAAGGUGAUAUUUCAUAUCAUGCCAACUUUAAACCAUCUUAUUUAUUACUCAGAUAGGUAAUAAACUGUUUGGUUGCCAGAUUUCUUCAAAAUAUAUUUUUUUAACGCCUAAACUGUUUUGGGUCCCAUUGACUUUCUUAGUAUGGGCAGCAAAUACUGUAGAAGUCAAUGUGAUCCGAAACUGUUUGAUCACCUAAUUUCUUCAAAAUAUAUUUUUAGAGUCCAACAAAAUGGAUGAAUUGCUAACAAUUGCUCAAUAACAUGCAUUUAGAAAGUAUAUAGUGAAUUUUCAUUUUACAACAACUUUAAACCAAUUUGCUUAUUACUCAGAUAGGUAAUAAACAGUUUGGUUGCCAGAUUUCUUCAAAUAUCUUCUUUUACAGCCCUAAUGGUUUUGGCCCCCAUUGACUUUCAUAGUAUAGACAACAAAUACUAUAGAAGUCAAUGGGAUCCGAAACCAUUUGGUUACCAAAUUUAUUAAGAAUAUUUUUUUUGCAGUCCAACAAAAUGGAUGAAUUGUUUACAAUUGUUCAAUAACAUUCAUUUAGAAAGUAGAUAGAGUGAGUUUUCAUUUCACGCCAACUUUAAACCGAGUUGUUUAUUACUCAGAUAGGAAGCUAUAAACAAGUCGACAGCUCAGAGGUACAUCUCAAGGUCUUUAUCACCUGAUUGAAUAGUGAAGUUUGAAACCGCUUUGUAUGUGCAAAAGCACCAUAUAACUUCAGUGCAUAGGCCAAGCAUUCACAUGCUUGUUCACAUACUUUCCAAGAGUAUGUUUUUGGCCUUAAACACUGUUUUUCUCCAGGUGGUCUCCCAUUCAGGCUUACGCCUGCUUCAGAGCGUAUCAUGUGAACCAUGUUCACGUGCUUCUCUUUGGACAGCAUGAGCGUCUCAUUCAAAUGAUUUAAAAACGUUUGUAAUAAGCAGUCUCACAAACAGACUGAUUCGACAUGAAGCUUCAUCUGAACUGCUUUAUGGAGAUCAUUGCUUAAUCGUCUCAGACAGGCAAUUUCUGAGGCUUUGUGGUUAAACGCAUGGAGCUCCGCUUUGUCCGGACAGCCUCGUUUAAUUUCCUUCGUGCCAGCUGACAUUAAACAACAUGAGAACUCUGUCGACAUCACAAUGCAAUCCUUCCUUAUGCAAUUUAAGGGAACACGCCCCAUCAAUCACCAAAACAACAAUGCAAGUUUAUGUUUCGGUUAUGAACAGCACGUCCUUGCCCCAAAGAAUCAUUUAGUUUUUCCUGCAUGCAAAGUAGAACACACAAACUCCUCGUUUCGUUGCAUGCCUUUUAGACCCGUGCAAUUUAUCUCUAAUGCUUUCAGACGAUGUAAAUAAGAACUGUCAUGAAGAUCGGGGGCUUUACCAGGGACUUUUCAGACUGUUCUCUCUCUCUUCCAUGUCUUUCGUUCCCUGAUCUCCAAAUAUUAUAAUUGCAAAUGACCAGAAACUUGUGCUUUAAUAUACCAAGAACAUGAGAAAAUGUUUAUUUAUUGAAAUAUGUAUAUGAAUAGAUACAUGUAGCUAUAACAGAUUGUGACAUUGAUUUCGGUGUAGAGAUCCAGGCUCUUGCUAAACACCGUGGUAGUUUUACCUUGUAGCAACUGUUUUGACUUGUCACAAAACAAAUGGUACAUGCAAAUGUAUUUUUAAAUAUUCUAUGAAAUCAGAUUUAAUAUGGUAAAUAUUUAUUUUAUUUUUUCCAGUCUGUUCAAGAUGAAGGCAAGCAGUGCAAGCAAUUCAACCCCUCAGUUAUGAGGCUAUACUGUACUUUACAGCAGUCAAGCUUCGAUUUAUGGCCAUCACAAGCCAAUGCACAUGGGUGAACUUCAUGAAGGUUGUCAAGGGGUCAUAGUUGAUCUCGAAUUCAGAUUUUGAAGAAAAUAUUUACUUACUAUAUUUAAGCACAUUUACUCUUAAAGCUCACAUUACUGUAAUUUAAAUAAAUAUUUUUGUUAAAAUUA